AGAGUGAGUGAGUGAGUGAGUGAGUGAGUGCUGUCAGUGGAGGGCGGUCACUCCGGGGCAGAGUGAGUGAGUGAGUGAGUGGUGUCAGUGGAGGGCGGUCACUCCGGGGCAGAGUGAGUGAGUGAGUGAGUGAGUGAGUGAGUGAGUGGUGUCAGUGGAGGGCGGUCACUCCGGGGCAGCGCUGUAUGUGCGGUAUUUCCAACCGCGUUGGGAAACCUCUGAGGACGGAGCGCAGUGUUUAUGGGAUCGGCAAACGUCGGACCGACAACUGAAGUGGCGGUUUAAUUUCCCGGUGACACUCCCGGUGACAUGGCCGUCCUCCUCCUCCUCCUCCGGAGCCUGAGGUCGAAAAGUUGCUCUCAGAUCUGCGGCGAUCGGUGGCGAGUCCCGAGUCGGCAUUGGCUUUGGAGAGUCGGGGCUUCGAACUGCAGGACCUUCACCCUCGGCAGCGCGAUUCAUUCCCCGGACAAUGUUCCGACCAAGCCUAUGCUCACCACCAGCUAUGUCCACGGAACCUGCAACCUUCCGUUCACCUCCAAGACAGUUGGUCAGUGUCUGGAAGAAUCUGCUAAUCUGGUUCCUGACAAAGAAGCGGUCGUGUUUGUGCAGGAUGGAGUCAGGAAGACCUUCGGGCAGCUAAAGCAGGAGGUUGACCAGUUGGCUGCUGGACUGCUUGCUAUCGGACUGAAGAAAGGAGACCGUCUAGGCAUGUGGGGGCCCAAUAUGUACGAGUGGGUCUUAGUGCAGUUUGCAACAGCACAAGCUGGCAUUAUAUUGGUCACCGUUAAUCCUGCCUACCAGCAUCGUGAGUUGGAGUUUGUUCUGAAGAAGGUUGGCUGUAAGGCUCUGAUCUUCCCGACAAAGUUUAAAUCCCAGUUGUACUAUGACAUCCUUAAGCGGAUCUGCCCGGAGUUAGAACAGGCAAUUCCCGGGGACUUGAAGAGCAAAUGUCUUCCAGAUCUCAGGUCCGUCAUUGUGAUUGGCAGCAAGCCUCCAGGCUCGUACAGCUUUGAGGAAGUGUUCCAGGCGGCCUCAGCCAGCCACCGAGAGCAGUUACUCAGCCUGCAGAAGAAAAUCUCCUGCGACGACCCCAUAAACAUCCAGUUCACUUCAGGCACAACAGGAAAUCCCAAAGGAGCUACUCUUACCCACCACAAUAUUGUGAAUAAUGGGCGAUUUACAGGCUACAGGAUGGGCUACCACUGGAGGGACACUCGGAUCUGUGUGGGUCUUCCCCUCUAUCACUGCUUCGGCUGUGUGGCAUCUUCUUUGGUGAUGACCUUGUUCAACUGUACCGUCGUGUAUAGUUCUCCGAGCUUCGAGGCCAGGGCAGUCCUCCAAGCGAUCCAGGAAGAAAGGUGCACCGUUAUCUAUGGGACUCCUAUGAUGUACAUAGACAUACUGAGCCAAAAAGACUUCUCCACCUAUGACCUCUCUUCAUUGCAAGCAGGAGUUGUGGGUGGCUCGUUUUGUCCAGGGGAAGUUCUCAAAAAAGCCAUGAAACAAAUGAACAUUGGUACCAUUAUUAUCGGCUAUGGGAUGACAGAGAACAGUCCAGUGACCUUCCAGGGCUUCACUUUGGAUGAAAUUACACGGAAAACCGAGACAGUUGGAUAUAUCGGCUCCCACAUUGAGGCUAAAAUAGUGGAUCCCCAAACCCAGCUGAUUCAGCCACUGCAGACAUCUGGCGAGUUACUGGUCCGAGGCUACUGUGUGAUGCGGGGCUACUGGAACGAUGAGAAAAAGACUAAGGAAUGUAUAACCCCAGAGGGCUGGUUCAGAACUGGCGACAUCGCCUCAUUAGACGAGUACGGCUACUGCCAGAUUCUGGGACGAAUGAACGACAUGAUCAUCCGUGGCGGCGAAAACAUCUACCCAGCGGAAAUCGAGGAGUUUCUGCACACACAUCCUAAAGUAGAGGAGAUCCAGGUGAUUGGAGUAAAUGAUGAGAAGAUGGGUGAAGAAAUUUGUGCCUGUAUCAGAAUCAAGGAAGGAACCGAGUGCACGGCUCAGGAGAUAAAAGACUAUUGCAAAGGCCAAAUUUCUCACUUCAAGAUACCCCGUUACAUAAUCUUUGUGAAGGACAUGCCUAUGACAGUCACUGGGAAGAUCCAGAAAUACAAACUCAGAAAGAAAAUUGAGGAAGAUCUGGGGCUCGAGAAGUAAUCUGAGCAGGAAGGGUGUGGGAUUCUCCACUGAAACACGCCAGAGCCCAUCGUUCUUAAAAACAAUUACACGGACCCAACAUUAAGCAAUGAAAAUAUCCUGAUUUGUACCAAACUUCAAUAACAAUCUGCCUUUAUAUAGUGCCUUUCACAACCAGAGGACUUGUUACAUCUAUUUUUCCUGUCAUGCCUGUGCCGGCUCUUUGAAAGAGCUAUUCAGGAGUCCUGUAGCUCAGUGGUUAGAGCCCUCGCCUCGCAAGCGAGAGACCUGGGUUUGAUUCCCAGCAGGACGAAACCUUGGGCAAGUUCCCUUACUCCACACGCCUGAUAAUAAUCCCUCAAGAAAAAAAACCAAUAAUAAAUUCCUCACUUCAACCCACGGCUGUUUGUGGGACGCUGCUGUGCGCAAUUGGUUGCCUUUGUUUUGCCCACAAAUAUACGGUCAAUUCACUUUACAGUAUAUUCUGUGAAGCGCUUUGAGCCGUCUCCAGGAUGUGAAAAGCACCAUAUCAAAUGCAAGGAUUAUUAUUACUAUUAUUAUUACUAUUGCUGCCCCGCUCUUACGCCAUUUGCUCUGACGCAAAUGUUUCCUUACUCAUGAUGGAUAAUUGAUCCAGUGCCACGCUAACCCAAUGAUGAGGCUGAAAUGAUUGGCUGGAGGUAACUGGAUACAGGACUCACGUGGCUUUGAUUUUGUUUUAUUUCCCAGAAUGUCCUCGGCCCGUGAAAACCCUGAGCUCCCCGCCCCCGCCCCCGCCCCCGCAGCCCCAACGCCCCCUAUGCUUUAUCAUGCUGUUCCUUGAGCGGUUUCGGAGAUUAAAAGGACAAAUUUUAUGUGUACCAAUCAUUUACGAAGGCACUUUUUUUUUUUUUACAGAAUAUUACAGGUAAGGAAUCCUGAAUAGCAGAGUGGUUAGAGGACCCGGGUUCGAUUCCUGGACAGGGAGAAACCUUGAGGCAAGUUUCCAAUCAAUUUCCAGUCAAUUUCCAAUCAAUUUCCGGGGGGGAAAUCGUCACUCAAACAAAAAAAAACUUGGUCUGUCGGUCCACGACUGUUUGUGCGCAAUCGGCUGACGAGUUUCGCCCACAAAAUAUGCAGUCAAUCCAGUGUGAGGUACAUUUUGUGACCCGAUUUGAGACGUGGGAAUCAAAUGAUGUAAAUCCAAGGAUUAUUAUUAUUAUAGUUAUCGAUUACUUCGGGUGUUUUUCUUCUGUUCUAAUUCUGCUGUAUUCCCCGGUGUUCACAGUGACGCACCGUCACUGGGGAUGAACCGAAUAAAACCAUCAAAGCUCA